AUGGAAAUAGAGAAAAGAAGGAAGAUGGAUUCCUUCACAUUCACAGAGGAUAUCUGGACGGUUAUACUUGCAAGAUUACCGAUUAAGAGCAUGACCACUUCCAAAUUGGUUUGCAAGCAAUGGAAAUCAAUCAUCGAAUCUCCGUUUCUCCGCGAGCUUUUUCUCGCUCAUCAUCAAAACUCGCACUCUUCAUGGUCUCUCAUGUUGCGUAAUCAUUCACCUAAAGAAGUCGUGGCUCACUACGGAUGCAAAGUCUGGGGUCUUCAACGAUCGCUUGGCUCUUACGUCUCCUCUCUCAUAACCGCGAAAUUCCACAAUCAAAACGUUAGAGUCUUGGCUUACACGGAAGUCGGUUUAAUAUUGAUUUGUGUGAUCACAUCAUCUAACCCUUGGACUCGAAUUCCAACCUAUUACGUGGCUAAUCCGGUUUCAGGACAAUGCGUCAAAAUCCCUCCUCUUCCUGAAUCUUUUCAUUCCAGUCACGCCGGGCUUGUCACAAGAACCGAAAACGGCGUCGUUUUGAGUUACAAAGUUGUUCUGAUUGAUACACCGUCUAAAGAUUCCAAUUCCCAUUUGCUUGAACGGAAGUGCUUGAACGGAAGUCUUCACUGGCUUGGUCGCAGUCUUGAUGGUCAAGAAGUUGUUGUGUCAAUCGAUCUCUACGGUUCUUGUGAUCAUCCAUACCGAGUUAUACCUUUCCCUGACUCAGAAAAAAAAAUGAAUUUCAAGAGAUCUUGCACAACUUCUCAAGGAAAUCUCAUGUAUAUGAACAUAGCCUCUAUUUACAACUAUGAUGAAGGUGCAAUGGAGCAUAAGUUAAAGGUAUGGAGGUUAAAGAUCGGUGAAUGGCAGCUAGUAUCUGAAACUUCCCCGGGUUUAAGCGGCAACUAUUUAGAUUAUUCGCCGCUCUUCGUGCACCCUUUUGAUGGUAAUACAAUGUAUAUGUGGAGCGAGAUGUAUAAAACUUUGGCAUCUAUCAACUUACGCAGUGGUAAAUCUACGGUUUACAAUGAGUUGGAACGUAGCAGAAACGGUCAGACUCUGAGUUCUGUUGGAUGCAAGAGAAAGUUUCUUGUUCUCUCAGCAUCAUUUUUUUGGAUGUUUGUUCUUCCGCGGUGGCUGUAUAGGAUCCCUUGCACUUCCGAAGUGGCUGAGAAGACGUCCAGUGGAAAAAAUUUGAAGAUGAAGAUCACAACUUAA